CAAUUUGGUUUAUCAAAGCAAUUUUGAAAGACGUUUAUGGGUAAAUACAUUCAAAAUAUCAACGCUGCUGAGUUUAAUUUGAUUUUUCGGUGUAUGGCAGCUGCAGCUGUAGCGAAGCAUGAAAGCCGACUAAAAUGUGUCACUUUAGUAACCUAACAAGCUAGCAGUGUUGACAGUACUUUGGGCUUAAUGCUGUUAUGUACCUCCACAGCUGGGAGAGCUGGCUAGUAUGAGUGGGAGAGCUAAGAAGCUAACGAUGGGCAGUGGGUUAUCUGUGCCGAGUCUUCGCAUAGACAGAUAAAGAUGAAUUAUUACGGAGGCAUGGAAAGUACAAAAGGCAUUAUUUCGGGCGCAGGAUUUCGUGUUUUUUUACUGAACAGCAACAGUAUUGAAUUUGCUCGUUUAUUCAGCGGCAUGACGACGUUUGCUCCCGUUGCCAGCCUCGGAGUACACGGGAGCCAGUGAUGCCGUCGGUCGUUGUCCGAAUUGGGACAGAGCUGUCUGACUCCAUUGUAAAUCAUGAAAAACUGUGAGUAUCAGCAAAUCGACCCGCAGGCACUCCCGACGCCCGCCCCGAUCUCUCCACCUCACCACGGGAACGAGACAGACAAAAAGGAGCCGAAAAGACCCCGGAGAAAGUGGGAAGUUUUUCCCGGAAAGAACCGCUUCUACUGCGAUGGAAGGAUCAUUGUGGCCCGUCAGAGUGGGGUCCUACCCCUCACUCUGGGCCUUAUCCUCGUCACAAGCGGUUUAUUCUUUAUAUUUGACUGUCCCUUCCUGGUCAAACACUUGACCAGCUGUAUACCUGCCAUUGGAGGUGUCCUCUUUGUCUUUGUGGUCAUCACGCUGCUCCAGACCAGUUUCACCGACCCUGGCAUCCUGCCCAGAGCGACGCCAGACGAGGCUGCAAAUAUUGAGAGACAGAUUGACAACACUGGAAACACUAGCUAUCGGCCUCCACCACGCACCAAGGAAGUCCUCAUCAACCAGCAGGUGGUGAAACUUAAGUACUGCUUCACCUGCAAGAUGUUCCGGCCUCCGCGGACCUCCCACUGCAGCCUGUGUGACAACUGUGUGGAAAGGUUCGACCAUCACUGCCCCUGGGUGGGGAACUGCGUCGGGAAACGCAACUACCGAUUCUUCUACACCUUCAUCGUGUCACUCUCCUUCCUGACGGCGUUCAUCUUUGGCUGUGUUACCACGCAUCUGGCACUGAGGGCCCAGGGAGGGAGGGGCCUGGUGUUUGCUCUCCAAGAGAGUCCGGGCAGUGCCGUGGAGCUGGUGAUUUGUUUCUUCUCUGUCUGGUCCAUCUUGGGCCUCUCGGGCUUCCAUACAUACCUGGUUGCUUCAAAUCUGACGACGAAUGAAGACAUCAAAGGCUCCUGGUCGGGGAAGAGUGGCGAAGGUGUAACCAACCCCUACAGUCAUAAAAACAUCUUUAAAAACUGUUGUUCUGUGCUCUGUUCACCCAUUCCUCCCAGCUUGAUUGACAGACGAGGUUUGCUGCCAGCAGACGAAUCGUCCCAGAUCGGCGGCACAGACAUGGAGCUGCCCACUUUUGCGGCUAAAAACGAGAUAAAUGUGUGCACACAGGGAACUAAAGGACUGCUGGAGUCAGCAGCUCUCUCUCCACUCCUGUCCACCUCCUGUCCUCAGGGGAAACCUCAGAGAGCUCAUUCCUGUACAAACAGCAACCCUGCAGUGAACUCUAACCACCCACUGGAGCUACCCAAGAGCUGCAGGGCCUCCCAUACCGCCAGACCCCAUGGGAAUGCCUCUCCUCUGCGUCAUGCCAAGACUCGCUCAAAAAAAUUCAAACAAGCUCCUGUGCAUAUUCCCAACCCUACCCUUGAUGCCCCUGUUUCCCCUAUUUCUCCAAACUCUGAUUGCAGCUCCAAAGUCAAAGACCACGAAGACGCCAGCGUUGCUCCGUUGCACUGAAUGAGUCCAGUGACAUUAUUCUCUAGUUAAAACUGACUCUGCUUGAAGCCUGCAUGCUGUAAAAUGGUCAGUGAUAAAUGGUCAGAAGCUGUAAAAUGAUCCAAGUGAUAUGAAAUAUUUCCUUUUUUGUGUUGUUUAGUUAAAGUCUUGGGUCUGAUCUCAGAGUACGACAAUCAUAAAGGUGUGGAGAAACGAGUGCAAGGGCUAACCAGAUGAGGAAUACCAUGGAUGCAAUUAAGACUUCAGAGGAGGACAGAAAGCACAUGAAAAGGUUGAUUUUUUUUUUAAGAUUCAUGAAGUACUGCGAUUAAGCCAUAUGUCUUUCUGAUAGUUAUGUAAAAAAAUCAACAAGCAUGUCAGAGUCAUAGCUCAUUUCAUAUACAAGACAAUUCAAAGUGCUUCACAUAAAAUAUUAAACGCAUUACUGAUGGUGCAAAGAAAGCAUUUAGAAGCAGUAAAAGGCAGCAACAAAUAGCAAAAAUCACAAUAAAAUCAUAAAAUACAUUCAAAUGAUUUAAAGCUAAAAAGCUAAAAAGUUACUGGUCAGAUUUGAUACGUAGGCGCUUGACAGAACAAAUGUUAUUAACCUGGAUUUAAAAGUGUUUACAUUUGGAAAUCCAUUGGAUAUAUGGUACGCUACAUUAGGCAAUCUCAGAUUUGAUUGUAAAUUGGAGUUGAGUUUUCUCCAGGAGAAACAAGGCUGUCCAAUCUCGGGAUUUAGUGACACCCAGUGGCGAAGUUGUGGAUUGCAAUUAACAAUACUUCUGCUUCCCCCCCCUGCUAUGUAGAAGAAAUUACAGUGACCACUAAAAGGCAAUAUUAGUAGAAGCAAAUAUUCUUAGCAAAUUCCGUAACCAGUGUUUGUUAGGUCAUGUCUGGGUUACCACAGAAACGGUACGGUGAAGAUUUAAAGGCUUCAAUUUAAAGUCAUGAAAACACUAUGUUUCUUAUGUUCACACUAAUUUACACCAAUAACAACAUGAGUAACAACAUCAUAUGAAAUUCCCGACAACAGAUCCACUCAAAUCCAAGGAGAAUGUAGUAUCCAUGGAAACAAAUCAAGAGUUGAUAUAAUUUACAGACUCGUAUUGACAUGAAGUUUUAAGCUCUGGGCCCUUACCCAGCUAAAUGUAUAUAGGGGUAAUAAAUAAAUAGACAGAUGGCUCUGCUUUGUUAGACAAAAUUUUAGGGGUUUAUUUUUAUUUUUAAUAUUUUUAAUUUUUAGUUUUAGUCAUACUUUCCCCAUUCUGGUCCAUGUAUGAAAGCACACAUGAACCUGCAACAAUCAUAUACUACAAUUAUAAAAGUUUAAUGAGUCCAGCUUAGAACAACCCCUUUGACAGGAAGCAGUUUUAGGACAUGUACAUGAUAAUAAUCUAAGACUGAGAAACUACUUGCUUUUUAACCUUGCGUUUGUGUGGGUAACUGCCUCUGUCUUGAUCAUAACUGGUCACAUGGUUGCUUGUGUACUAAACUUGUUAUCAGAUAAUUCCACAUUAGAAAACUCAGCCCAUAUAGAGUUGCUCGAUGUCUAUAGUAACACAAUAAGUAUGGCAACAAUAGAGGAGGUAAAAAUUUAGUUAAACUGAUCUCUGUAAACUGGAGGUUGACAAAUUUGCUGGUCCAAAUCUUCCGUCUUAUGAAUGGUGAAUCAAACACCCUGUCCCCACUCCGUUUCUCUAUCAUCGUCCUCCGUGCACAGACAUAAUCUCAGACCUGUUACUACCUACUUCUGCAUGUCUCCAAGUCAACUUCUAAAAUAGUACUGAUCUCUUGCCAGCUGUUGUGACAAGCAUAUUUGCAGUGCAGACGUAAUGACAUAUAAAGUAAACAUGUGGAACUUGGUCAAUAGGCUUGUCUUUAAAACUUUGUCAUUUUCAGUACUGUUGACCCUGUGACCUUACGUUCAUUCAAAUUGAACCUGCCCCUACUGGUUACUCACAUAACAAAAAACAUAAAAAAAAACACUGUAUAACUUCAAGACUUUAAAAUGUGUUUCUGACUUGUUUUGAUGGCACACUGACAUUCAAGAUGUAUAUUCUCGGAGCUGUUAUUGUUCUGUAGCACCCAGGAACUGAGAAACAGAACUUCACAACUUUUAUUCAGGCCUUGAGGACAGCAUCACAUUGCACGCCAGCAACUGGAUAUCAAUACACUGGCCAUUUUGUUAAGGGGCACCUCACAAAGAAAACUUUACAAGUGAGUGCAUAAGCAACACUUAAAACAAACGCAAAAUACACAAAGCAGGCAUGAUAAACACGUAUGCAAGCAAGUAUAUUUUCAGCCUUAGACUUCACUCCAAAAUCUUAAAAAGUGUUGAGGCUCUUCCAAAUGCACCAUCCGCCCAUCGACUUCACUGAGUUUCAGUUUCCAUGCAUUAACCCCAACAGUAGCAACACAUCGUUGUCUCUUCAAUUUUUAGUGCUACCAUGAUUGUUUUUUAUUGUAAGACAUUGACUUGUAUGAUCUCACAAUCACUGAAAUUGCACAAUGUGAAUUUUCUGUUGUUUUUUUUCUCUUGAACCUUGCACAUAAAACACAGUGGGUUGGGAUGUGUAUCGGUUGUAUUUGUGUGUACUCUUGUUUAGAUUUCUGUGCUGUAAUAGAAUGCAACUGCAUGGUAAAAACUACAGUAAAAAUGUAUUUUAUAUUUUCUUUAUUUAUUUAAAUUCUAACAUCAUUUCUGAAGUCUGAAACUGUUUUUUUUUUUUUUUUUUUUUUUUAUUUAUUUUUUUGUAGAGCUACUGCAUUAUUUCUGAUUUAUACUUGUGUUGUCAUCACUAUUGCACAGUAAUUUUAAGCUCCUUGUACAUUACCUGCUCACGCUAACUUCAGCUCAUCGAUGGAAGUACAUUUCUUGCUUUGGCAUAUCAAAGAUGCAUCUAAAUGGAUGAUGCUGUGGUUCGUUCUCAGUUGGAAAGCAGUCGGUAUUCAAUAUGUAAGUUCUAACAUGAUUGCAAUAGCUGCACAAAAAUGCAAUGAUCCCAGAAAUCAUGGCUGGGCACUAAAAUGUAGACACAAAAAGUUGAAUACCAGCUUGCUUUUGUCAAGUCAUCCCAAACCCUUCUGUGACAUUAGUGAGAUUAUAUGCAUGAAUUACACUCGUGUUCUCUAAAGGUAAGGAGAACAAAAUGGUUGAAGUGAAAAGGUUCUGUGUAUUUAUGUCCAGUAAGUACUGUAAAUGACCACUAGAUGGCAGCAGAGACUGAUGAAAUCAGGCUAUUUAUGCACCAUAGUCCUUUUAGUUAUCAGAAUUAAAUUCUUCCAACUAC